CUUCGGGAUUUUCCGGCAUGACCAAGGAGAUGAGCUCUGGUCGCCGUCUUGAUAUUCUGACAGAUGCUUUACUGCACUAUUCUUCUCGUCGACUUGAACACUUUGGAUCUUCAUUAGCUGCUAAACUUAAAAGAUGUCCUGAACUUAUUACUAACACGCAAUCACAAAUACAAGAGUUAUUUUCGAAGCUAGAUGUUCUGUAUGACUCUGAUUUAUUAGAGACAUGGAUGAAGGAAGAAGAAAAACUAAUUAAUGAGAAGAAUUCAAAACGGGCACUUCCGUUAACAUGGCAACAAAAAUAUGUGGAAAGUUUAUUGCAACUUUACCAGCUAAGAAUGCAGAUUGCUUGUAUUCAGGAAGUUGAUCAUGGUCACUUUGCGGAUAUUGUAAAAAAGACUAAGAAAGUAACGAAACAGGUUGAAAACAUUGAGAGGAGAAAGAAAGUGGCGAAGAGGUGGAAACCUGGGGAGAGAGAAUUUAAUACGGCAGCUUUGUCGCUGGAGCUGAAACGGAAUGAGUCUGUUAUUGAGUCAGCAUUUUCUUUAGCAAUUGAAAGGAUGUUCCUUGUAUCCUUAAAGAAUAAAUAUGCAGAUGGCCAAGCGAUAGCCGUUAAACUUUCCAAACAAAUAACGCAGAGAACAAAUUCCAUUAAAACUACAAUAGCCAAGUAUAAUGCAUCACUAAAGUCUUUGGAAGAUUGGAUUGAAGGAUUACCUAGAAAAAUUGAAUUCGACGAAGCAAAAGAUCCAAGGUCGCAACUUUAUUGUGAUUUUAACUUUCAAACAAAUAAAGAUACAGUACCGUUCACUGCUAAACGUUCUGCUAUUGAGUUGCAUAACUUUCUUGAAAGAUGCAAAGAGGAACAAGAGAUGUUAGAAAUGGAAACAGAAAGACUAGUACAAUAUUACUUGGAUAAGAAACAAGAACUGGAGUCCUAUAUCAAUGUUAAUGGGGAAGUUCAGAGCAAAAUCUUGAGAGGAACUGUAGCAAAUUUUAAGAAAGAUCUAAUUAACAUAAAUAAUGCCCUGUAUUCACUGAAACAUAUGUUAAAUGACUAUUUAACAGAAGCUAGUAAGAGUAAAUUACCAUUCUUCAAGAUAGAAGCAGAGCAUGCAUUAUCUAUUUUGCGUCCAACAAACAUAAUUGAGGAUACAUUAGAGAUUGAAACCAGUUCAGUUGAUAACGAGACUGACUGCGAAUCACUGCUUCAAUUUUCAGAUUUUGAAUCAGACACCGAGUUAGAAUAAUUCCAUAUACACACGUGUAUAUAUAUAUAAUUAUAAGUUAAUAGUGAACGCUUUCGCUAUAUGCAAAGCUCAACUUUAUAGGUUUGAGCGCUCUGGGGACUUUACAAAACAAUCCAUACAAUGUGUAACCAUACAUCCUGUGUCCCAAGUGCAGCAUUCACCAUUUUACUAGGGUGAUAGCUGUAGGUCACAUUGUUAUACACUUUAUGUAUAUGUAUAUAUAUAGGAAGUUUAUAUUUCUCUUUUACAACAUAUUUUGAUAAUUGUUUUUAUAAUAAAGAAUUAAGUGCAGUAUCAGCUAAAAAAAUUCCUUUUUUCAGUGAUAGAAUUAAAUUUAUAUUUUAUAUAAUUAUAAUAUGGAUUACAAUAUUUCAUUCUAUUACCCUCUAAUACAUCUCCAUAGUAUUUAUACAAAUUAUUUUUAUAAAUAAUAUAUUUUUUUCAUUGAAAUUCAUUAGUUUCUUCAAAUUUUAAGUCCAGAAGUAUAUCUAGUUUUUGUUAGUAAUUAGUUAUUAUCUGAAUCAUCAUACUCCAAUUCAAAUAUUAUAUAUUUUGAAAAUAGAAUCAAAGGACCUUUUUUAUAUUUCAUUAUAUGUAUUGAUUGUAAAUUAAAAUUAGCACUAGCAUCUAGUUUAGAUAAUCCACCAUUUAAAUUAAAAAAAGUUUUUUAUGUAAUAAUAAAAAAGAUGAAAUAUUA